CCGUUGCUGCUAAGUUAAAGAUCUUUCCCUCAAACUGAUCUCUGAAGCUCUUGGCAUGGCGGGUCGCAAAAUCUAGUGAGAGAAUAUAUUAUAGAUACACAGCAAGAGAGAUAUGGUGUUAGCUCAGCUUCCAAGAUUGCACUUGUCAAUCUUGAAAAAACAACCACUGUAUCUCCCCACCCAUUUCAAUCUCCUUCCAAAACCCAAACCCAUCACCUUCUUGUUCAGACCCAAAUCAACUAUCACCACUACAGAGCCAAUACCUAUUUCCCAUCUACCAGAGAACGACCCUCAUGAGAGCCCCAUGGAUUUUUCACUGGACGAGCUGUUCGUCCCACCAGAGACAGUGUUCUCUUUCGACGAGCAGCAUCUGAAGACGAGAAUACUGAAAGGGUCGAACAUAGUUCUGAGCAAUUAUGCGAGGGAUGCGCAGGUCGUGGAGGCUGAUUUCGUGAAGAGCAGCGUCAGGACUGAGGAUUGUCCUAACGACGGGUUGCCCGAGUUUGCGCUUGUGGGGAGGUCUAAUGUGGGUAAAUCUUCUCUUCUUAAUUCGCUUGUGAGGAGAAAGCGCCUCGCUCUCACGUCCAAGAAACCCGGAAAGACACAGUGCAUCAACCAUUUUCGGGUCAAUAAUAAUUGGUAUUUGGUGGAUUUGCCUGGAUAUGGGUAUGCAGCUGCUCCACAGGAACUUAGGACAGACUGGGACAAGUUUACCAAAGACUAUUUCCUCAAGCGGUCAACAUUAGUUUCAGUAUUUCUUCUAAUAGAUGCUAGCAUUCCUGCCAAGAAGAUUGAUCUUGAAUAUGCUAGUUGGCUGGGCCAGAAUCAGAUUCCGAUGACACUCAUCUUCACCAAAUGUGAUAAACGGAAGAAGAAAAAGAAUGGCGGGAAAAGGCCAGAGGAAAAUGUGAAGGAUUUUCAGGAGUUGAUACGUGGUUUUUUCCAGACAGCACCACCAUGGAUCAUGACGAGCAGCGUGACCAAUCAAGGCCGUGACGAGAUACUAUUGCACAUGGCUCAAUUGAGGAACUAUUGGCUUAAAUAUUGAUGGAAGUAAAGAAAAAUGUGUGCACAAGCAAAACCAAGCCAUCUAUCCCCUGAUAGGCAUGAUUUUGUUGAUCAUCUCUCUAGUAAGUUACCAAGAAUUCAAAAUUGUUGCUAACACCGAAACUUUCAUGAACUAAGCAUAUAAAGAUUUGUACAUUGCUGAAGAAAGCUGUAAAUUGUAUUCUAUGGUUUUCUUCUAUACUAUUACAUUAUUUAUAGGGUUGGAUAAUCAGUAUUUCCCCAAGAAUAGAACAGAAAAUAUACUUCUAAAA